AUGUUAAGAAAUUCCAAUAAAUUAAUUAAAAGUGUAAUUAAAAAUGAAUCAACAUUAUUAAAAUGUAAAAAUAACAAUCAAAGAGUUGUUAAUUAUUCAUCAUCAUCAACAUCAAUUACUAGUGGUAAUGGAAUUUAUAGUCAAAUUAAAAAGAUUGAAGAAUUUGUUAGUAAGAAACCAUCAGUUACCAAAGUUAGUUCAUCAUCUGCAACUAUUAAUUUUAAUACAUCAAAGUCAGGAAGCACCAAUACUACAGCAGUUGAUUAUUCAAAGAGUGUAAAGAUUAAAGAUCAAAAACAAAUCGUUUUAGUAAAGAUCGGAGGUGGUGUAAUUGAAUCGGACAUUAGUUCAUUAAUAGGAUCAUUAAAUUUCUUGAAAAAGAUUGGAUUAUUUCCAAUUGUAGUUCAUGGUGGUGGUCCACAAUUGAAUGCAGAAUUGGCAGCAGCAGGCGAACCAGCAGAGUAUGUAGAAGGUUUACGUGUUACUCCACCAUCAGUAUUGGCAAUUGCACAACGUGUUUUCUUAAGAGAGAAUUUAAAGAUUGUUGAAGCAUUGGAGAGUAGUGGUACCAAAGCAAGACCAGUAACACAAGGAGUUUACCAAGCCACACCGUUGGAUCCAAAAUUAUAUGGUUUCGUUGGUAAUGUAACAAAGAUUCAUACCGACGCAUUGGCAUCUUGUAUCACCAAUGACUACGUACCAGUGAUUAGUUCCUUAGCCAUGACACCAGAGGGUCAAGUUUUAAAUAUCAAUGCAGAUGUAGCCGCUUUAGAAUUGGCCAAAUCCAUUAACCCAUUGAAGAUCCUAUUCAUUAAUACAACAGCCGGUAUGAAAGAUGGUGAUGGUAAAGUUAUGCAACAUAUUAAACUCGAUGAACAAUAUGCCGACUUGAUGAAACAACCAUGGGUUAAACAUGGAACUAAAUUAAAGUUAAAGGAAUUUAAGAGUUGUCUUGAUGUAUUACCACCAUCAACUUCGAUCACUAUCACAAGUCCAGAUUUAUUAAUGAAGGAGCUAUUUGCAAAGGAUGGUAGUGGUACCACUGUUGAAAGAGGUGAAGUUAUGCAUUCACAUGAAUCACCAUCAUUUGAUGAAACAAAAUUCUUUGCUCUCAUUGAAAAAUCAACUGGUACCAAAGGUGGUAGAAUCGAUUAUCAACAAUUGAAAACCGAUCUUUCCAAAGGUGUAGUUAAAGCAUUUGUAAAUAGUCAUUAUACUGCCGGUAUUUUAGUUAGACCAUUAUCAUCGGGUUCUUCAGUUUCCUAUGUUGAUCAAUUCUUUUUCUUUAAUAAUUCGAUUCAAUCCACUGAAGAUUCUGAAAGUGUUUUCAAAAAAAUGUUUGAAAAUUCUUCAUACAUUUGGAAAGAAUCAUCAAAUAAUCAACUCAACAAUGAAUGGUUUAAAAAGAUUGCAACAGGUUUCAUUACUGGAGCCACUAAUAAUAUAUUUUGGACAAAUAUUGAUACAAACAAAAUUGAAAACUCAAUUAAAGAAUGUCUUUCACAAAGUUCAACCUAUUUAUCUGGUAUUACCAAAGCUGCUUCAUCAAAAUCUGCAUCAGAGAAAUUACUUCAAGAUAAGAAUCAUAAAUUUAGAGUUGGUUUAAUUGGUGCAAGAGGUUUCACUGGUGGUAAUUUAGUUAGAUUAAUUGAUGGUCAUCCAAAUUUAGAGUUGGCCAUUGCUUCAUCAUCCACCAAUUUCGGUAAACCAAUCACAACUGAAUUCCCUCAACUUAAAUCAAAUUUGAAAUUCGAUAAUGUUAAACCAGAAAAUAUCGAUAUUUUCACACGUGAUCAUGGUAUUGAUGGUUGGUUCAUGGCUUUACCAGAUAAAAUUUCCUCACCAUACAUUCAAACCUUGGAGAAUUCAAGUGAAUCACCAGUGUUGGUAGAUCUUAGUUCCGAUCAUAGAUUCAAUGAAAAAUGGACCUAUGGUCAACCAGAAACCAAUCGUGCAGCAAUUAAAGAAUCCAAAUUAAUCGCCAAUCCAGGUUGUUAUGCAACUGGUAUGUUUUUAACAUUGAAGCCAUUUGUCAAUGAUUUAGUAACACCACCAUCUUGUUUUGGUAUUUCAGGUUAUUCCGGUGCUGGUAGUAAACCAUCUGAAAAGAAUGAUCCAACACGUCUAAGUGAUAAUAUCUUACCUUACAAAUUGGUUCAACAUACUCAUGAACUUGAGGUUAGUCAUCAAUUGGGUAGUCCAAUCUAUUUCAUGCCACAUGUUGGUCAAUUCUUUCAAGGUAUUACCCUUACAAUCUCAAUGGAACUCAAAUAUCCAAUGACCAAAGAACAAGUGGUCGAACGUUAUCAAAAAUUCUAUCAAAAUGAACCGUUAAUUAAAAUCGAUAAAGAUGGUAUUCCAGAGGUUAAAUCAAAUAGUGGUAAACAUACUGUUACAAUUGGUGGUUUUGCUGUCAAUGGUAAUCAUUUAGUUGUCGUAACCACUUUAGAUAAUUUAUUAAAAGGUGCUGCAACUCAAGCACUUCAAAAUAUGAAUAUUUGUUUAGGUUUAGAUGAAUUAGCAAGUAUUAAAAAUGAAUUAUAA